AUGAAGGUUAAUGCAACUGUAUGGUAUUUGGUGUUAUCUCAAGCGUUUCUAAAUGUUGCCGCUGCUGCUGCUGUUAUGGUUACUCCAAAUCAUCAAUCUAUAUUACGAGAUCAACCAAUCUUACAAGUUUCCACAAAGACUCAUGAUCGACAACUAAUUUACGAUAAGUUACAACAAAGUUAUCAACGAUUGUUUGGAUUGAAUCUGAAUCAUCAUGCUGUGUUACAUUUAAGUAAUAGUGAUUCGAUUAAUAAUGAACGUUCAUGUUUGGAAAAUUCUAAUAUCAAAUACUAUUUAAAGAAUGUUCAAUUGGUUAAUCAAGAUUUUGAAGCAUCAGAAUGUCGAACCAAUCUUAAUAAUCAAUAUCAAUCCAUAUUACAACCUACAUUCAAUGUUCAUCAGUUUGUUCAUUUCUCUUCCACCGAUCAAAUCAUGAAUCAAUUACAAUCAAAUCUAAUUGUGGAAUUUGCUCAUCAUGAUAAAUUACAGCAAUUCAAGUUCUUUCAAUUUCAAGAUUUAAAUUAUGAUUUACAAUGUUUGGUAGAUUAUAAUCAAUUGAUGCAAGUAAAGUUAAGAGAAAACUUAUUAGAAGCUAAUUUAGAAAUUGUUAUUGAAGUUGCUGAUACUUGUGGAUUUCAAAAAAUAAAUGAUUCAUUUGAUGGUAUUGUACUUGAAAGUUUAAAAAUAAAUAUCCCCAUUAAUGGUACUUUUUACUGUCAUAAUGGUAGAUCGUCAACAUGUACAAGAGUUAAUGCUAAUUAUAAGAAUUCAAGAUUUAAAUUAAUAUCUUAA